AUGGCGACUCUCUUGCCCCCUCCUAGCAAGCGCCAGAAGCUCGCUCAGGCCGAAAAGGCCCGGGAGCAACAGGAGAUUGAAAAUAUCCCUACUGAUCUCGGCAGUGUCCGUGUGCAAUUCUACGACCAGGCCACUGGCAAUGCCACCGGUCCCGCAGUCUCGGUCCCCGUCGCCGAUGCGAACGUUAAGAACCUCGAGACUUUGUUGAAUACAUUGCAAGGAAAUGAUGAUGAUGGACGAGUUCCCUACCGAUUCACCCACCAGUCCGACAAGGAAGGACAAACCAUUGACAUUCUUCGCGAUGUGUACCACUCGCUCCUUCAACCCGGAAUCAAGACAACCGAAGACACAAUCUCUCUUUACUUUACCCCGCAAGCCGUCUUCCGAGUCAAGGCAGUCUCCCGCUGUGCUGCCUCCAUCGCCGGUCAUGGCGAGGCUAUUCUCGCAACCUCUUUCUCUCCCGUUUCCUCCUCAACCAUGGUCUCCGGAAGUGGCGACUCGACCGCUCGAAUCUGGGACUGCGAUACAGGAACCCCGUUGCACACAUUAAAGGGUCAUACCAGCUGGGUCUUGGCCGUUGCUUACUCGCCUAACGGAGCCAUGAUCGCAACUGGUAGUAUGGAUAACUCAGUGCGACUGUGGGAUGCGAAGAAGGGCCAGGCGCUUGGUGGACCUUUGAAGGGACAUGCGAAGUGGAUCACUAGUUUGGCUUGGGAGCCAUACCACUUGCAAGAAUCUGGACGACCUCUUCUGGCGUCGGCGUCUAAGGACUCGACUAUUCGUGUGUGGGAUGUUGUGUCGAAACGCAUUGAGACUGUUUUGACUGGACAUAAGAGCUCUGUUACUUGUGUGAGAUGGGGUGGUACUGGAAACGUCUAUUCUGCGUCCCAUGAUAAGACUAUCAAGAUCUGGAACCCGAAGGAUGGCACACUUAUUCAGACUCUGGUGGCGCAUGCUCACCGUGUGAACCAUCUCGCUCUUUCUACCGAUUUCGCUUUGCGUGUUUCUUACCACGAUCAUACUGGCAAGGUUCCUGCGACAGAAGCUGAGAGGGUUGCUGCGGCCAAGAAACGCUUUGAAGAGGCUGCGACGGUGAAUAAUAAGAUUGUUGAGCGAUUGGUCUCUGCUAGUGAUGAUUUCACUAUGUACUUGUGGGAGCCAACUAGCUCGAACAAGCCGGUUGCCCGACUACUGGGUCACCAGAAGGAGGUUAAUCAUGUUACUUUCUCGCCGGAUAUGGCUUAUAUCGCUUCUGCUGGUUUUGAUAACCAUGUCAAGUUGUGGAAUGGACGAGAUGGAAAGUUUAUCACCACUUUCCGUGGUCACGUUGGUGCCGUUUAUCAGUGCUGUUUCUCUGCAGAUUCACGUCUUCUGGUUUCAUCUUCUAAGGACACAACGCUCAAGGUGUGGGAUGUCCGCACCGGCAAGCUGUCUGUGGAUCUUCCUGGUCAUAAAGACGAGGUCUUUGCUGUGGAUUGGAGUCCCGAUGGUCAAAAGGUUGGCAGUGGAGGUAAGGACAAGGCGAUUCGGAUUUGGCGCAACUAG